AAUAAAAAUAAAUCCUAAUAUUACCACCAGUAUCAACAGCCAGCACGGCAACACCAUCCUCGUCGCUCUCUCCCCUUCUUACCUGCGCAGCCGCCACUGCUGAGCACAGCCAUUAAUCUUCCACAGAAAAUAUCAAUUCUUUGAAAGAAUGUUUCUCACAAGGGUGUUUGGAAGGACACUUUUUGCUGCGGCCAGAUCAGAAGCUUCAGCUGCUGGGGCCGCCGCCGCCUCCUUCUCUACUGCAUCUAAGCACAACCCACUUGAGGAGUUCUUUGAUACUACUAGAAGCCCAGAUGAUGAAAAGCCUGUUGUUUAUGGUCGGAGUUGGAAGGCUCCAGAACUACGUCUCAAGUCUUGGGAUGACCUUAACAAGCUUUGGUAUGUUCUCUUGAAGGAGGAGAACAUGUUGAUGACACAGUGUCAGAUGCUUCACGCUCAAAACCUACGCUUUCUCAAUCCAGAGCGUAUUCCCAAGGUAAGGAAGUCAAUGUGUCGAAUUAAGCAAGUUCUCACGGAGAGAGCCACUGCAGAAGCAGAUCCUAGGAGGUCUGCUGAGAUGAAAAGGAUGAUCAAUGCUUUAUAGUUUUCAACUUCUUUUGUGGUUCUGUCUUGUUCCUCUUUUGUUUUUCUUAGGUCAAGAUUCUGUGAUUUCAUUAAUGAAUAUUUUGUAGUCUUUUGUGAAACUAUGGGAGGCAUUUAUGAAAAUGGAGACAUUGAGUUGGAAUGUAUUUAUCUGAA